AUUCCCAAAAAAUAAAAAACAUAACUAGGAGUUUCUUUUAUUGUUCUCUGUCCUGGUUUUUGAUAUACAGAAAUUUAAAGGAAUUGGUUUGGCUAAGGGAGGCUUAUUCUUUUCUUGGAUUAGUCUUCUGUCAUUCUAUUCCUAAAAAAGCUUCGUCUCCUAGCAGUAUAAUUUCUUAAGGACAAAGCUAAAGGGAAGAGAGAGAUGGGCCGGAUUCCGUGCUGCGAGAAGGACAACGUGAAGAGGGGACAGUGGACACCUGAAGAAGACAACAAGCUCUCUUCUUACAUUGCUCAACACGGCACCCGUAACUGGCGCCUUAUCCCCAAGAAUGCUGGUCUCCAAAGAUGCGGGAAGAGCUGUAGGCUACGGUGGACUAACUACCUCCGACCUGAUCUCAAACACGGCCAAUUCUCUGAUUCAGAAGAGCAGACUAUUGUGAAGCUUCAUUCAGUUGUUGGGAACCGUUGGUCGCUAAUCGCUGCCCAGCUACCUGGACGAACUGACAACGAUGUUAAGAAUCACUGGAACACCAAGCUUAAAAAGAAGCUUUCAGGCAUGGGAAUUGAUCCAGUUACCCACAAACCCUUCUCCCACCUCAUGGCUGAGAUUGCCACCACUCUAGCCCCACCACAGGUUGCUCAUCUGGCCGAAGCAGCCUUAGGUUGCUUUAAAGAUGAAAUGCUUCACCUCCUUACCAAGAAGCGUAUCGACUUCCAGCUGCAACAAUCUGUUGCAGAACCAGUUAACACAAUAGUUACUUAUGGUACCAGUAAACAUGACGAAAAAGAUGACACCAUUGAGAAAAUCAAGCUCGGAUUAUCAAGGGCAAUACAAGAGCCUGAUAUGGUACCUUCUAACAAGCCUUGGGACCCCACUGGCAUGACAUCUGCAAAUUUUGCUGGUGCCUGCAGUGCUUUUCCGGUAUCUGUCUCUGGAUUUCACUAUGGCCCUUCAUCUUUCUGCAAUGACGGGGAUGGAUCUCCAUGGAGCCAGAGUAUGUGCACUGAAAGCACAUGCACAGCAGGAGAUCAGCAAGGCCGUCUGCAUGAGAGACUUGAGGAUGAAAAUGGAGAGGGAUCUGAGGGUGGGAAAGUGGCCAGAAGUGGAUCAAGCAUUUUCAAUUCAGACUGCGUCUUAUGGGAUUUACCAUCUGAUGAUCUGAUGAAUCCUAUAGUUUAG